AUGAAGUUGAACGUCUCCUACCCGGCAACGGGAUGUCAGAAGUUGUUCGAAGUUGUGGAUGAGCAUAAGCUCCGCAUCUUCUAUGAGAAGCGCAUGGGCGCGGAGGUGGAGGCCGACCAGCUAGGCGAUGAAUGGAAGGGCUACAUCCUCCGCAUUGCCGGUGGUAACGACAAACAAGGCUUCCCGAUGAAACAGGGUGUCCUUACCAACAGUCGUGUACGUUUGCUGAUGUCAAAGGGUCAUUCUUGCUACAGACCUCGUCGUGAUGGUGAGAGGAAACGCAAGUCUGUCCGUGGAUGUAUCGUGGAUGCUAAUCUUUCCGUUUUAGCCCUUGUCAUUGUCCGUAAAGGAGAACAGGAAAUCCCUGGACUCACCGACGGUAAUGUACCCCGUCGCCUCGGACCCAAACGUGCUUCCAAGAUCAGGAAGCUGUUCAACUUGAGCAAGCAGGAUGAUGUGCGACGAUAUGUGGUCAAACGUCUCCUGCCAGCCAAGGAAGGCAAGGAGAACGCUAAACCCAGAUAUAAGGCCCCUAAAAUCCAAAGGUUAGUAACUCCAGUUGUACUCCAACGCAGACGUCACCGAUUGGCCCUUAAGAAGAAGCGUCUCGCUAAACGCAAGGCCUCCGAGGCAGAGUAUGCCAAACUACUUGCACAGAGGAAGAAGGAAUCUAAGGUGCGUCGCCAAGAGGAAAUCAAACGCAGGCGCUCAGCAUCUAUCCGCGACUCUAAGAGCUCAAGCACGAGCGCCCCACAAAAGUGA